UCUAAUUUAAAAAUUAUACUUUCCGUUAAUAUUAUUAAUUUAUUAUAUUUACUAUGUUUAUGUGUGGUAAAUUCAGUCAUUUGAAAGGUUCAAAGUGAUAUUGUAUUGCAAGUUGAUGUUUUGUGAACCAAUUAAGUCCAAUUAGGCCCUGUUGUCUUUGUCAUUUUUAUUCUCAAACGAGUUUUCAAGAACGAGGGAUGAACUUUGUACUUAUACUUUAUUUACUGUCAGUAUCGCAGUGAUUUAUAUAACCAAAAGUGCAUUUAAAAAGUCAACCAUAGGCCUAAGUGAUUUUUUACUACAGUAUCGUAAUCGUUUACAGCUUUUGCAGUUUUAAGUUAGGUUAGGGAGUGUGAUAUGCAAUUAGCUACAAUGUCAAACACACACUCCUAAUAUAUUUGAUUUAGAAAGAUAUUGUUUGAACGUUUAGGCUAGUUACGUCCGAAGAAUCAUAAAGAGUGUUUAUUUAGCCUAUUAAAAAAGUCGAAACUUAACCUCCCAAAAAUGGAUGAAAUCACAGAUGUUGAAGAUACUGAAUCUUCUUUGAAACAGGAUAACUCGGGUCCUAUGAGAUUUUUUGCUCUUUUCCUCAUGUGCCUUCUUGGAUUUGGUUCUUAUUUCUGUUAUGACAAUCCUGGUGCAAUUCAGAAUAAGUUCACUGAAGAUAUGGGUCUCUCAACUGCAGAGUUUACACUUUUAUACUCUGUUUAUUCCUGGCCCAAUGUGGUUUUGUGUUUUGUCGGUGGGUUUUUAAUAGACAGAGUGUUUGGCGUUAGAUUGGGAACAGUACUCUACGCUUUCAUUGUUGUUAUUGGACAGCUUGUGUUCGCUUAUGGUGCCUACGCAAACUCGUUCGCCCUUAUGCUAGUCGGUAGAUUUAUAUUUGGUAUUGGAGGAGAGUCGUUGGCCGUGGCACAGAACAACUACGCCGUUGUCUGGUUCAUGGGCAAGGAGCUCAACACAGUGUUUGGUCUGCAGCUCAGUUUUGCUCGGGUCGGCAGCACUGUGAACCUGUGGGUGUUGAAGUACAUGUACGAAGCUGUACAACAGUACUUCCAUGGAUACCAGUGCCUGGGCAUCACCUUGUUUCUAGCUGCAGCUACCUGUGUGAUGUCGUUGCUUGGAGCUGUGAUACUCGGCAUGUUGAGGAACAGACGAGAGGAGAGUGCCAGAGACAAUGCCAGUACUGAUGUGGUCAGGAUAACUGACGUGAAGGACUUCAACCUCACAUUCUGGCUGAUCACAGUCAUCUGUGUAGCGUACUACGUGGCAAUAUUCCCGCUCAUCGCUCUCGGAACUGUAUUUUUCGAGCGCAAGUACGACAUGACUGAGGAUGAUGCCAGUCAUGCCAACAGCAUCCUCUACAUCACCUCAGCUGCGUUCUCCCCAGUCUCCGGCUACAUUGUGGACAAAACGGGCCGCAAUGUGUUCUGGGUCUCACUCUCUAUCUUCUGUACCAUACUGGCUCACGGGAUGUUGGCGUUCACGUUUGUUAACCCGUAUAUUGUUAUGGGCAUUAUAGGACUUGCGUACUCCAUGUUGGCUGGUAGUCUGUGGCCUCUAGUAGCAUACAUCAUACCACAGUACCAGCUGGGAACUGCCUACGGAGUUGCUCAAGCCAUUCAGAACCUUGGCCUGGGAGUCAUCACUUUGGUGACAGGCAUUAUAGUAGAUAGCGGAGGAUAUUUCAUGCUAGAGCUCUUCUUCCUGGCCUGGUUAGCCGUUGCCCUGGUGACUGGUAUAGUGAUUUGGUUGUACGACGCAAAGCAUUCGGGUAUACUCAACAUGUCCACCACUCAGAGAGAGGAGAUGGACAGAUUACGACAGGCUGCAGAGUUGGCUGAGAGAGAGAAGCUGUUGUCUGCAAACGCCUCGGACGCCUCACAGGAUCUUCUUACUCCGCAAUCAGACUUCCAGAUUCGCAACCGCUACCUCAGUCGCAUCGGAGCCAACCUUCCUUCACAUCUGGCUCCGUUCAAGGGCAUGGCCUACCGAACACUGAGAUGAGAAAACGUAAACACAGAUGAGGACGAAAUUGCAGCUUUGUUGCUAAGAGAAUCGGACAGUGACGAAGACUUUGAACUUUACCGUUUUCAUAACUAAACUCGGACAGUGACGAAGACUUUGAACUUUACCGUUUUCAUAACUAAACUCGGACUGCAACUAAGACUUUGGACGUUACCGUUUUCAUUAAACUAAACUCGGACAGUGUUUAAGUAACUUUACCGUUUUUAUUGCAAAACUCUGUGUAAUAACUAAGAUUUUGGACUUGACUGUUUUCAUUAAACUAAACUCGGACAAUGUUUAAUAAAGACUUUGAAAUUUACCGGUUUUCAUAACUAAACUCGCCAAGUUCUGUGAUACUGUACAAGUUUACAACCAAGCAACAAUAUUAGGCUUCAUUUGUGUUAGGAAUUCAUAGAUUAUAGAAGUGCUAUGUAUAUAACCAGCUGAAAUACCAGUUCAGUAUUUGUCAGGAUUUUAUUUGUGACACCAUUGGAUAAAUAGGAGCUUUGCAUUUUAACGGGGGACCAGUUAUUUCAAUGUGUUUUAGUUAGCUGAUGGCUGUUUUUUGUAAAUAUUUAGUUUCACAAUCUUCACCCAAAGAAAGGUUUGUUUUCAAAGCAUUUAUCUGACUAAAAUCUAUCAAUUCUAUCCUUACUAUGAGUUGAUUCUUAUUGGCAAGGCCUAAUGACUUUCUUUCAGGUGGUUACAGUUAAUUUUUUUUUUAUUCUACAAUUCAUUUUUUUAUAAAUUAAGCUUGUAUUUAAGAGAUCAUUGGUUUGGAUAUUUUUUUUGCAUGGUUAUACCAAGGUUUUAUGAUAUGUAUUGAAAAAAAAGAAAAAAUAUUUUGUUAGGUGCAUAAAAAAUGUAUAUUUUUCAUGAAAAUAUGCUGAUUUAUUUACUUAUUUGUCUAAAUGUUGUUAAAUCUUUUAUGUUCACUUUAUGAAAGAUCCAGGCCUAACAUUUAAAGUUUUUAUCAUUGAAAGAUGAGUGUAACACCCCAAAUUAAAACAUUUUAAAUUUAUCACUUCGAGAUAUGAGCAAAAAUUAUAAAAGAAACUAUAGCAAGAUAUGAGCUAAUUGUCUUUGAAAGCUACUUGUCAUUAGACAAAAUUCCAUAAAUUUGUAUAUGCAUUGUGUGAUAGCAAAUCAUUGAUUUUCAAUAUUAACACUGGUAUAUUUUUGAAUAAACUGCCAUACUGCCUUAUGCAAUUAAAAAAACUUGUAAUAAUCCAUCAUUUAAUCGUUGACAAUUUGAUCUCAUUUAUAGUUCAUUUUCCUUUUACUAUAUGACAAGUUUAACCCAAGCACAUGUAUACUAGCUUUUAUAUUUCCUGAUAUUAUUGUAUAGGCUAUGAAUAUUUAACAUAUAUUUAUUUUUGUAGACAAAUAUUUUAUUGUAUAAA